AUGAGAGGACUUGAUGAUUUUGAAAAAUGGGUUCUCAUCAUGUGCACAAGUUCUAUCAUCUGCUUGGAAGUCAUAAUGGCUGCAAAUUCAUCACAUCGUAUUCAUUACAAUACGAGCUUUAAUGUUGGUUACAUUUUAUGGGUGUUGUGUGACGACUUACAAAGCAGAAUUUCUCAUAGAUCCUAUUUUUACAAACAAUCAAAGCUUAUUUCAGACUGCAUGAUACGCCUUUCAGACAAGCUGAGCGACGACUUGAUGGAAUGCUCGGUUGAUAUUGAUAGAAGAAUGUUGGACUACUUGUGUGGCCUUGAUUUGGAAUUUUCUCAUGUUGUGGAAGGAUCUCAUUUAUUCUAUCCCAAAGUCAAGCUGGAAAAUGUGAUUUUACCAGACACACAAAAGCAAUUAAUUGUUGACACAGUAUCCAAUUUCGAAAAAUUCAAAAAGGUCAGAAAACAAUUAGGAUUUGAAGAUAUCAUCACCUACGGCAAUUCAAUUGUCAUGCUGUUUUAUGGAGCUUCAGGAACUGGUAAAACCUUAACAUCGAAUGCGCUUGCUAACUACAUUGGAAAGAAGAUGCUACUUGUUAACUUUUCAAACAUGUCAGAACAAAAGGGAGAUAUUCUCAAGUACGUCUUUCGUGAAGCAAAAAUCAACGAUGCUUUGCUAUUUUUCGAUGAAUGUGAUCAGUUCUUUGAAUCUCGUAAAAAAUCAAAUUCUGAUGUCACUGCCCUAUUAACAGAAAUUGAGAAAUUCGAUGGCCUUAUUGUUUUAGCAACAAACCGACAAUACGAACUUGAUGAAGCAAUGUACCGUAGAAUUACUCUUGCUGUAGAAUUUAAAUCACCAGAUUCAUUAUUGCGAAAACAGAUUUGGAGAAAACACAUUCCUUCCCGUGCUCAACUUGCUGAAGAUGUAGACUUUGAUCAAUUAUCACUGGAUUUUGAAAUUACAGGAGGACUUAUCAAGAAUGCAAUUCUUACUGCUUUAUCUUUUGCAGUUGCAAGAGAUGCACAAAACCAGUUAUAUGCCAUGCUGAUCUUCACAAAGCAUGCCAAUUUCAACUGA